UGCAUGCCCAUACAGCAGGUGGCAGUAUGAUACAUCCAGCAUUGGUUUGUAACUUCCUUUCACCUCUGAGUCAGAAGAAGACGCCAGCAAGCGUUGACAAAUCCUAGGGACUGUUGUUUGAGAUUUUUGACCCCUCAUUAUCAAUCUAUGACAGUUCUUGUCCUCACAACCAAGGAUAAUGGCCAAUCGGAAGAAAGUAAUAGUAACAGGUUUUGAGCCUUUUGGUGGCCAUGCUGUGAACUCCAGCUGGGUUGCAGUACAGGAACUGGAGCGGUUAGGUCUUGGUGAAGCAGUAGACCUCCAUGUGUGUGAGGUGCCUGUUGAAUACCAGGCUGUUAAAGACCUACUGCCUUCCCUGUGGAAAGAGCACCAGCCACAGUUGGUGGUCCAUGUCGGUGUUUCUGGAUUAGCCACUACUGUGACUCUGGAGCAGUGCGGCCACAACAAAGGUUACAAACGUCUGGACAACUGCAGCUUCUGCCCGGCCUCCCAGUGCUGCAUGAACAGCGGCCCUGACUGCAUACACUCAGUCCUGGACAUGGAAACAGUCUGCAAAACAGUCAAUGACUCUGACCUCGGGGUCACUCUUUCUGUGUCUAAAGAUGCUGGAAGGUAUCUGUGUGACUACACCUACUACACCUCUCUGUACCUGGGGCACGGCCACUCUGCCUUCAUCCAUGUGCCUCCUCUUGGAAAACCCUACAGCAGUCAGGAGCUUGGGCGAGCUCUUCAGGCCGCCGUGCAGGAGAUGCUGAAAAUGCUAGAACUGGAUCCUGAACACAACAAGCACUGCAACCACGAGCAUCAGCAGCAGCAGCACGACCAUGUAUGACUUCAGUGCUGACUCCAAGAUAGUCAACUAUUAGCGAAGUUAAUGUCAUUGAUUGGGUGCUGUGAAACUGUAAUAUCAGUGCCAUUUGUAAACCAUAUUACCAAUAUUGAAGGUUAACAUUCGUUUAUUGUAGACCUGGUCUUGGUUCUUUACAUGGUGGGUUUGAUGUGUGUGCAGGAGCAUUGGGCACCUGUGUAUGUCAGCCAUUCCUCUUCCUCGGAUAUGACUGUGAAAAUAUAUGCUAACAACAAUUAUGGCUGUGUUAACAUUGUAUAAUGUGAAAGGGGAUUUAUGUGACGACUUUAACAUAUAAUAGUAGCUGAAACACCAAGUAUUUGCAGCACAAUGUAGGAACAUUUACAGCUUCACUAACUUCCAAAGCCACACCUUCCCUACUGCCUGGGAGUUGUCUGUCCUCUCACUUUCAAGUGUUUUGGUUUUCUUCAGUCUUGCACAUGCUAUUGGUCUGAUUUGUGUUUUGUGUUGGAAUUAUGCUGCCAUGCUCCAUUGUUUGGCUUACAUUUGCACUAGAGAAAUAUGAUUAUAUUGAAAUGUUAAUAUUCACACUUGUAAUGGUUUACUUAUCUCAGGGAAUAUAUUGCACACACAAUCAAUAUUAAGUAAUGUGAUCAAUUGUGAUCAAUGUGUCUGUCCUAUGUACAGUAUGUAGUGCACCUUUGCAAGGCAAAGCCAUCUUAAACCUUUGUGUAAUUAAAACAUGUAACACACAG